UGCUUGGACCUUUCCCUCAUACCUUUGCCUGAGAGCAGAAGAGCAGCUGCUUUCCCAAAGUUGCAGAGGCUGAUGCCCAGGAACCUAAUGCUGAGCUGACCUGUCACGGUGAUGACAGCAGCAUCUUGCAUCCUUCCGUCUCAAGCUAUCCAACAGGAUAACAUCUAUGGUCUUUCUCAAAUAACUACCAGUCUUUUUAUUAGUAACUCUGCAGUAGCUAACGACAAGCUCACCUUGUCCAACAACCACAUCACCACGAUCAUCAAUGCCUCCGUAGAAGUAGUGAACACAUUCUUCGAAGACAUUCAGUAUGUGCAUGUGCCGGUGAGCGAUGCUCCUAAUUCUUACCUUUAUGACUUUUUCGACCCCAUAGCUGAUCAUAUCCAUGGCGUGGAAAUGAGGAAUGGCCGCACACUAUUGCACUGUGCCGCAGGAGUGAGCCGCUCAGCAGCCCUCUGCCUUGCCUAUCUAAUGAAAUACCACACCAUGACCCUGCUGGAUGCGCACAGAUGGACCAAGUCCUGCCGCCCCAUCAUCCGUCCCAACAAUGGCUUUUGGGAACAACUGAUUCAUUACGAGUUCAAGCUGUUCAGUAGGAAUACUGUUCACAUGAUCUACUCUCCUAUGGGUCUGAUUCCUAACAUCUAUGAAAAGGAUGCCUAUUUAAUGGAGCUAAUGUAAGCCAUCCAUUUCUUCCCCUGACUGAAUCCUACAUCAAGAUUAAAAAAAUGACCUUGGACCUCUGGUUUAAAACAAAGGGAAAGAAGACCUUGUGGAUGGGGUUGGAUAGGGGAGAGAAGGGAUUGGAAUUUUAAUUAUCAUAUCUUCAAAUAAAGUUGAAUGC